GUGGAACCAGAUGAGUCUUUAUGGUCAUAUCAUAUGGAUGCUCUUUCCUACCUGCUUCUGAAAGAUUGUGCGUCGGACAAGCCGUAUAAGCUAAUAAGCCCUUACUUUGCGCAUCAAGUCAUGACUAAGGAUUAUAAGGAUGAGAAUGCCUGGACUGCUGAUAGGUGUCUACCUAGUGUUGACUGGAGAGGUUUACAAAAAGUUUUUGUACCUUUGAAUGUUGAUGGGAUGCAUUGGGUUUUAGCGGAAGUUGACCUACAUGCAAAAUUGGUACGUGUAUAUGACUCCAUGAGAACAAGUAGGUCAAUGUUGCAUGCGGCGCAUUUGUGUGAGAGACUUCCGCUACUCUUCCGAUUCAUACAAGCCCACCCAGAUCUUUCUAAGGUAGAGCAUUGGAAUGCUCAGCUAGCUGCAGAUGUUCCACAACAAGAGGGAGGAACUGUUUGCGGACUGAUGGUUGUUUGUUAUGUUGAGGCUUUGUUGUUGGGACUUCCCUUGACGCCACAUUGCGAGUAUGCGAACGUGGCUACAAAGAGAUGGCACUUUGCGCUACGCCUUUGGAGUUUGAGGAAGCCAGUUUCUUAGAAAAC